AUGAUGGAAGCAGAGCAGGCGCCGUCGUCGCUGGCGGCGGAGCCGGAGGCGCCGGUCUUCGGCGAAGAGAUGGUGGAGGCCACGGCGGAAGAGCCUUACGGCGAGGUCCCGGAGGAGACGAGCGCUGUGGAGGGCGUGGUGGUGGAGGGCGUGGCGGCGGAGGAACCUCAAGCCGAGGUGCUGGGGGAGACGGGCAGGUCACGAACCACGGAGGGCGAAGCCAUGCUGGCCGUCGGCCACGCCGCCUACGCGCGCAAGCAAUGGCCCGCGGCCAUGAAGGCGUUCCAGCAGUCGGCGGAGGCCGGCAACGCGGAGGGCGCCUGGGAGCUGUCGCUCAUGCACGCCCAUGGCAAGACCGGCGUCGUGGACAAGGACCAGGCGCGCGAGUGGCUGAAGAUCGCGGCCGACGGCGGCGCGGUAAAGGCGCAGAUGUUCCUCGCGCAGAUGUCGGCGUUCGGACGGGGCGGCUACGAGAAGGACGAGUCGGUGGCGUUCGAGUACUUGACGCGCGCCGCGGACCAGGGCAACGCCCACGCGACGCACCAAGUGGGCGUGCGGUAUUUGCACGCCGUCGGCGUCGAGCAGGACCUGGACAAGGCGAUCGAGCAUCUCGAAAAGGCCAUCGAGCGCGGCUCGAAGGACGCCGUGAAAGAUCUCAAGAUCGCGCAGAAGAAGAAGAAAAAGGAGGUGACGGCCGGACUGGCAGAGGAACAGCGCGCCGCAAUUGCUGCGUUCAAAAGGAUAGAUGCCAACGGGGACGGCGAGCUGACUGCCGAGGAGAUCUACCGGGCGCUCUCGAAGAAAAAUGCGGACGUGACCCUCGAGCGCGUGCAGGAGAUCAUGGCGAAGGCCGAUAAAGAUCAAAAUGGCACGAUCAGUCAGGAGGAGUACCUGGACGCCGUCGCCGCCAUGGGACCUGGAUGGAUUGGCUCUUGGCUCGGAAAAAUAGCCGCGCGAGUCACCGCGGCGUUCAGCGGAGAGGCAAUGCCGGAGGCAGCGGAGACGGUGAAGUGUCUGACAAACGAAGAACUGCGAGUCUGGGUGAACCGCUGGUGCAGCGGCGACCGCAGUUUGCCGCCCAUCUCGACGUGGAAUACAAGUAAGGUCACGGACAUGAGCGAGCUAUUCAUGAGGCAGAAGGGUUUCAACGACGACAUCAGCGCGUGGGAUACCUCUAGCGUUACGACGAUGAGGUUGAUGUGCAGCGGCGCCUCGUCGUUCAACCAACCGCUGAACGACUGGCGGGUCGACAACGUCACGGAUAUGUGCCAAAUGUUCCGCGACGCCAAGUCGUUCAAUCACCGGCUAAACGACUGGCGGGUCCACAAGGUCACGAAUAUGAGCUGGAUGUUCAGCGGCGCCUCGUCGUUCAACCAGCCGCUGAGCGACUGGCGCGUCGACAAUGUCACGAAUAUGCAAGGGAUGUUCUACGGCGCCUCGUCGUUCGACCACCCGCUAAACGACUGGCGGGUCGACAACGUCACGAAUAUGAGCAAUAUGUUCCUCUGGGCCAAGUCGUUCAACCACCCGAUCGGCGCAUGGCGGGUCGACAAAGUCACGAGUAUGCGUGCGAUGUUCAACGGCGCCUUUGCGUUCAACCAGCCGCUGAACGACUGGCGGGUCGACAAGGUCACGGACAUGUGCGGGAUAUUCAUGGCCGCCAAGGCGUUCAACCAGCCGCUGGGCAACUGGCGCGUCGAUAACGCCACGAAUGUGGACAAUAUGUUCGAGGACUCGGCCUUCAGCCACUGGGAGGACCUCGGUGACCCGAAACUUAGGUCACAGAAGCCAUCAUGCUGCGCCGUCUCGUGA